UAAAGGGCACUCGUUAUGACCUGAAGCCAGACUAAGUAGCUACUAUUAGCCAUGAAUACACCCAUCAGUGCGUCUUCUCUGUCUGUCUGGGACAUGCUGACCUCGGUUUGUUUGUUGUGUCGAACUGUUUUUUGGCUCUCGUUUUCAGGUAAACACCUCGGCACUGACGUCAUUAACGGAUUACGCUCUGAUUACUCCUUUACGUUCCCCCGCUGGCCUCGCGCACCACUGACGCACCGGAUCGGUGGAUCGGAAGUGGGUCGGCUCGGCAUUAGUGGUGUCAAGGUUGGCACCUGGGUGCUGCUGAGGUGGUCAGGUUGUCUGUCUGCCUGUGGUGCGGUGUUUGUGCCAUUCAAGAUACAGAGGACGAGCCCUCUCAGCUUACCUUAUAUUCCUGUCAGCUGUCCUACUUUUCCUCUUGAGACUGUCCACCUGUCCUUGUAUCACCACCUGUAAGCUUUCUGUCCUCGUAACAUGGCAGAGGCCUCAGCAUCGACCUCUUCUGAGGAUGGUCUGACUGUCCAGUGGAAAUUUUCCGGUCAACACGGUAGGAAGGCAGGAUGCUCCAACAUCUUUACAGGGGUCAACCUGCACCAGCUGCACAGGCUGUUCAGGACAGCGGGAGACAGAGACGCUGAACAUCGAGCGAGACUGGUGUGGAAAGGGAUGGAUGCAAAUAUGGAAGGAGAAGAGGAGAAUAAGGAGGAUGAAGAGGAGGAGAGAGAGGAUGAGGCAGGGCUGGCCCAGGCCUUGGUGGGGCUCCGAGUUCGAGCCAGAAAUAAAGCAGGCAUCAGAGCAGAGGGACACAGAGACCACAAGUGGCUCAAAACAUCAGGAUAUGGCAGGAUUGAGGAGUCAUUGUCUGGCUACGCUGUUGAGGAUGAGGAGGCCAAUGUUGCACCCAGCCCAGGAGAAUUUCUGCCAGCAACAGAUGAAGAUAUCACACAGAUCCAAAAUCCCUUCAAAACCUCUUGGAGAUUGGAUGUGGCACGGCAGGAGUGUGCCAGACACUCUGAACACUACCUUCACCGCAUCCUCCAUUAA